GCGGUGCCAUCAGCGAACUUGACGGGUCCGAUGAGGUGCCAGACCUGCUAGCUUACACCUUUACGUCAUGAAUAUUGAACCAUAAAUGAACUGCUUUCCAUUUUAAGUCAAAAAUAAGUGUACUCAUUGUUUCCUUCUCAGAGGUUUGUGCCAUUUUAAGUUCUCCAAAACCUAAAACUGAACCAGCAAUCUUAAAUGAAUUGUUAAUCAAUUUUAGACCCACAACCUUCUGUCAAUAGGUGGAGAAGCCCAAUAACUGCAGAUUAAUUGGUUAUUUUUGAUUUAUUGUAUAUUUAUACCAAGGAGAUGACUACAGAGGUAUCUGUACAAUGUCCAGUAUUUUAAUCCUAUAGUAAUGAGCCUGGAUGUCUACAUUUCUCAUCAUUUAGGGGAUCAGGAGCACCACCUGCUGGACAAGUUCAGAUUACAUAUAUAUGGGGGAAAAAAAUAACAGUAUUGAUGCAAAUAUAUGUGAAGGCUGGGGGAAAAGGGGGGUUAUGUGUAAGGGGAUAAAUAGAUACAUGAAAGCAUGGGCAAGAAAAGUAGGACAUAAUUCAAAAUGGAUCAGGAAGUGACAAAAUGAAACCACAAACCAGAAGUGUUUCUUUGCCAUCUUAAUUUAGUCCACCAAGGGAUCAAAAGUUGAAUUUCAAUGAGUUUAUUUCAAGUUUCACCUGUUUCUGGGGUCAAAAGACGCAGCCCUGGGAUUCCGACUCUGGGAAAAUCUGCUCUGGAAAACGUGAAAUGCAGUUUCCUCCUGGGGACAUCCUCCAGGCAACAACGACUCCAGCGUUUGGUUGCGUAAUGAGGACGUUCAGCGUUAACGUGCAGGCUGGAGAUUAACGAACAGGGAUGAUGCAAGAAAGCUGUCAGCUGCCCGGUUUUUAGACAUCUGCAGGCCGUGGACCGGCACAGAGGUGGAGCCGUCUCGGUGAUUGGCCAGGAGGGGGAAAGAUCUCGACCCUGGGGAGCGACACCACACCCAACUGAGUGUCGUCUAAAACAUAUUCUUCUCUUUCUCUCUUUCUUCUCACUGGAGAUUAAACGGCUGACGGCUGACAACUUGCAAAGAUGACUGAAAGACCAGACCCCGAUACGACUUUUUCAAAGACGACUGAAACACCACCUGACACCUAUCCGACUUUUUCAGACCUUGUGACCAAGAUCGGGAAGAAGGAUAUCUACAACAGCACCGAGGAGUUUGCAGCCUUAAUUGGAGGUAUCAUCACCGUCGUGCUGCUCGUCUUCCUCUGCACAAUCGCCAUUUUGCUCUGGUGCCUGUCCAGACAGAAAGGCUCCUACGACACCAACGAGACGGACGACAACGACGACGAAGACGAAGAAGACGACGAGUCCAUCGGCUCCGGCGUGCCGCUUCAGGCCAAGGAGCCUCUCAACGCGAACAAAGACGACUGAAGGGGAGCGAAACAUGUCUUCCAACUCAAGGACUGACGAGAUUUAUUUUUUGAUUGAAAGCGUCAUAAAUCAAACUUUUUUUUUAUAAGUAGCUUAUUUUGUAAACCUGUAACUGUGCACAUCAACCUCUAUGGAAGGGCGAUGAAACGUGAAAGAUUGUAAUGUAUUUUUCAGCUAUUCA